AUGGCCGAUUCCACCGAACAGGGUGCCAGCACCACGGCCACAGAACAACAAGGCGUCAAGCUUCCCAAUGGCUACACGAGACUCCCCAACGGCGUCGUUUUAGACAAGGAGGGAAAGCCAUGCCGUAGCUGCUCAUCAAAGUCAGCAUUCUCUGCAUUUGCUGCUCAAGCGUCGAAGCAGAGCCCGAAGUCGACGACGACGACCGCCGCGACGACGAAGAAGCCCGCCUCCGAAUGCCCCCCCGACGUAGCAGCUCUAGGGCGGAGCAGCUGGACCUUGCUCCAUAGCAUCGCGGCGACGUUCCCGGAGGCGCCGUCCAGGGCGCAGCAGGGCGACCUGGUGAGCUUCGUGCAGCUCUUCUCGAGGCUGUACCCGUGCUGGGUGUGCGCGGACGACUUCCAGGGCUACAUCGCCCGGGAGGCCCCGCGCGUGGCGAGUCGGGACGAUUUCGGCCGGUGGCUCUGCGGCGCCCAUAAUGACGUGAAUAGGAAGCUCGGGAAGCCCGUCUUCGAUUGCGAUAAGUGGCAGGAGAGGUGGGUGACGGGGCCCAAGGACGGGAGCUGUGACUGA